AUGAGCCACUGCGCCUGGCCACAGGUGUUAUUUUCUAGAACACGUCUUACCCUUUCAAGUUGCAGGGAUGAACUAGUGAAGGCCCCAAACACUGACCAACUGGCAUCCCAGGGCCUCCUCUUCCAGAAUGCCUUUGCGCAGCAAGCAGUGUGCGCCCCGAGCCGCGUUUCUUUCCUCACUGGCAGGAGACCUGACACCACCCGCCUGUACGACUUCAACUCCUACUGGAGGGUGCACGCUGGAAACUUCUCCACCAUCCCCCAGUACUUCAAGGAGAAUGGCUAUGUGACCAUGUCGGUGGGAAAAGUCUUUCACCCUGGUACUGCUCCAUGUUCAGAGUCUGGGUUCUCUUGGGUUGUGGUAUCUGAAUCCAGCAAUCCCGUCCUGGGGAUGGGGCUGUCUUUGCAGAUCGCUCUUCUGGCUGGGCGAGUGCCUCACUAUUCAGUGCUUCCUUUCUGAAAAACCAACUUGUCAACCCAGCUACAUGUUCUCACCCAAAGUGGAAAAGGGUAGAAAGAGCUUUGCUACCUUUCAGAAACCACUGAGGGUGUGCCGUUGGGUCCUUCAGCUCCUGGGGUGGUAGGCAGGACACGGGUUGAGGAGGUGGCAAUGUUGGGUGAAGUCCAGCUCGGGGACCCACCCUCCUCCCUGCAGGGUACCUGUCAGUAAACCUAGGGGUGGGUUGAGGACACCUGAGGGCCUCCCA